CAGGCCAUCUGCAAAUGAUUGCUGACUCUGUGCGGGAGGCGGAUCGUUGUGUCCGAUGUUUCUCCACAGAGCUCACUUGAACCUUUCUCCUCGAACAAAACGAUCCCCAUUGAGAUAGCCGACAGUCGGUUUUCCUCUCCCGGAGAGGAGCUGGAGGUGGACCGGGGGUACAUAACAAUGAUCAACACCAUGGAAUGCGCAGUGGACGCGCAAAGCCUGAUCUCCAUUUCCUUAAUGAAGAUCCAUAACUCCAGGACGCAGAGAGGGGGGAUCAAGCUGCACAAAAACCUGCUGGUCUCGUAUGUACUGAGGAACGCCAGACAGGUCUACAUCAAGGAGAAAUACGCGGAGAUCUACAGGAUGCAGCAGUACGAGGAGGUGAUGACGGUCUGCAACGAGAUCCAGGAGCUCAACCCGCUGGAUCUGGACGCGGAGGACGCCGACGAUGAGGAGCAGGCGCGGGCUGCUUGCUGCGGCGAAGAGGCGAGUCUGUGCGGCUCUGCGUGCCACCGAGACGCAGCGCAGCCAGCGGCGCACGCCCGGACGGCCAGCGCUCUCCCCGGCUGUGAGGAAGACUGCAAAGAGCCGGAGCCCUCGUACUACCGGAGCUGCUGCAUGGAGGCUUCCCCUGUGUCACACUGCGACCAGUUCCCCGCGAACAGCAGCGCGCACUGCAACAAAACCACAGUGCUGGACUUGGACACGCAUGUGGUGACCACGGUGGAGAACGGCUACCUCCACCAGGACUGCUGCUGUGACGCGCUCCAGUGCGGCCAGGGCGCGCAGUCCCCGGCCAAGAAACGCAAGGUUGAGUUCGGUUGUUGUGUCUCCGACGUUGAAGAAGUGUCAGAUUUUACAGCGGCUCGCAAAAGGGCCAAACGGGAGGACUGUUCGUACUCCCACCCGGACUACACGGACACUUCCAACAUCUCCAACCUGAUCUCCAUCUUCGGUUCGGGGUUUUCAGGGCUGCUGAGCAGACAGGCGGACUUGGAACAGAUCUGUAGCAAGCAGGUUCUGGCCAGUCUGGGAGCAUGGACUCGGGCAAUUGUGGCAUUUUGAAUCAAACACUUUAUUUUAGGGGGGACCGGGGUCGGUUGUAACAUGUUUUUUCACAAAGUGUUGGUAAACAAAACCCAGUGGAGGACUUUCUUCUACUGCCAGCUUGUUUGGGAACAUUUUCCUAAGCUCCCGUUCCCUUAUGGUUCCCAGAGGAAAGUUUACAUAUCCACAGUGUUUUAUGUAAGAAAAAGAUGGACUUUGUGGGACAUUUGGCAGAGUAACCUUUACGGGAAUGUUCUGAGAGACAUUUUUAAAUUAUUACACAAUAAUUAGUGAACAAAUUUGUCACAAGUUUAUAAAUUAACUUAUCCCAUAUAAAGUGUGCUGCUUCCCUCACCUUCAUUUCUGAACAUUACAUAUGUUCAUUUUCCAAUAAACAUUGACAAAUAACUUUUAGCUAAAUGAGGUUUAGCUUGCGUUACAGUUGACCCCACAGUGUCAGCCAUAGUAAAAAUACCAUGUGAUAAACUCACAACUUUGACAUCAGCUAGCAUACUUGUAACCAAAACUUCAAUUCAGACUGUACAGAAGAUAAGUGUCAAGGACUAUACCUCAGAGCUUUUGUCUAAUGAACAUUUGUGAGUCACCGGUGUGCACUGGGUGAAAUCACCUUCACUUGUUUCUGAUUGGAGGGAAACGAGGUGGUACAACCAAACCCGGUCUCCCCUACAACGUCUAAAUCAACUUUAUUUUUGCAAGAAAAAGCUAUUUAAAUGAGCAUUUUAAUGAGAAUAGUGUUUGGCAGGGAGGGGAAAGAGUGUGUGCCAUAUGUAUCAUGUACAGGCUCUCCUGUUUACACAGUGGGAGAUGCAGAAUACACUUUUGAGACUGAUGAAAUGGAUUUUCUUCUGUUGCCUUAAAUCCACUGCACACUACUGCUAGCUAUUGUCAUGGAUCGAAAGUGACUGAAUGUCCCUCCUGUCCCGGGCCGAGCAGCCCUGUGGAAAAACACCCCCGUCUCCAGUCUGAAAUGGACCUUGCACAUUCGGAGCAGCUUGUUGUCACGUUCAAGACUCCCUCCUAAAAACACUUCCGAGGUACAUGGACUCAACUGGCUUAUAUCACUUAAUGGAGUGCCAACACUUAAAUUCUGUAACACUUUUGGGCUAUUAACAUGGCCAUCACUUCACCUCCACUCCCAGUGUGUGGUAGCAAACAGUACCGGCUUCAUUUUGGCCGUUUGACAUCCUCUCUUAAUCAUGGUUGUUGCUCAAAGCCUCCACAGCGAUUCAUAAUUCCAACAUGUCUUGGUUUUGUGAGUGUUUUUUUUUUUUUUUUUUUAACUUUGUUUUGUAAGAGAAUGAUCUUAGUCCUUUUGUUUUAAAAAGGCAAACUCAUGAUUUUAGCCAUAACCUGAGAAUCCACGCAUUAGCUUUAUGAGCACUAUGUGUACCAAAAUAAAGAGAGUAUUCAGCCAUUCUCUACAUAUUUUGUUGUUAUUCUUGUAUUUUUGUGCUUACUAAAUUGUAUAUCACCGGGUAAAACUGUUGCAGAAAGUAUUUGUUAAAAAUUUAUAAUCUUAAUAAAAAAUGAACAUCUUAA